AUGCAGCGCUCAGACUCGGUCUCAUCGACAGGAUCGAGAUCUUCUGGGACAUUUGGAUAUCAUCAACGUCUGUUGGAGGGCUCUGGAUCCAACUCUCCGUCCGUCUCGCGGGCAGCGUCCAUCACACAGCGGCCACCGUCCAUCCUCAGCCCGCCACCAGGCUCUGGAGCGGCCAGAAAAUGGGUUCCAACGCACAGGACAGGCCAGAGCGUCGAUAUGGUACAGUCACGGAUGGCCCUCUGGGAGGAAAAGGCCCGCGCCAGUCAAGCUGAAUCUACACCGACAAACGGCAGCACUACCACAUCGCAAACACCUUCUCAUGCUCACAGACGUUCUGUAGAUCUCAGCCGGUAUCGUCCAGAGAACAUAUCGUCGCCACCGCCCAGAAACGACACACCCUCGAAGCGGCAUACGCUCUCUACGCCGAUAGACAUUUCUACAUAUCUCCCACCAUCGUCUCAGACACCGUCUACAAGCGUGACAACGCCGACGCGCGACCCAAUCUCGUCCUCAACACGCCCCAGCACUCGGCCCGUAUUAUCACAUCUCGACAAUCUGCCUCCAGAGACGCCGCCUGCGUCUAUCAGCUCCUCGAGAUCUACAGAGACUGUUGCUCCCUCUCUCACGGGCUCAUCUACGGGUUCUUCUGGGGCAUCAAACGAGACGGCUCAGCCACCCUCCCAAGCAGAGUACAAGAACUCUUACUUGCUUCAAAGGCGAAGUGCAAAGAAAUACAGCGAUUCUUUGACUACGGGUCGACGAUUAGGCCGUCAUAUGCCGCGGAUAGCCAGCGGAGAUGGCAAUGACGACCCAGAAGAGCCUCAGGAAGAAAGCCUUCCGCCACCUCCACCGCCAAAGGAACCCAAUCGUGUUUCUGCAAAUAGAUUUCUUGAAGAGAAGCGAAGGAGUAUGGAGGUCAAGUCGACUACUCGCGUUACCUCGCCAGUCUUGCCUUCCCAGCUCGAGCCGCACAAAUCCCCGACGUCUCCUGCCUCGGUCCGGCAUGCACCAUCGCCGUCUAUGGACUAUGCUCUCUCUUCACCAACAUCGGCCGACGAUGUUGCUGGUGUACCAGGUCGUUUGAGACUCUCCAAAACCACGUCCGCUCCAACAACACCUCUUAAAGCCCGCCCGAUAUAUGGCCUAUGGGCAGACAUACAACGUCAUCUAAUUCAGGCCUAUGAGUAUCUCUGCCACGUCGGAGAAGCACAGCAGUGGAUCGAGGGGUGCCUGGGCGAAGAACUUCCUUUUGGAGUCGUAGAAAUGGACGAAGGACUGCGAAAUGGAGUAGUCCUUGCUAGACUGGCUCAGGUCUGGGAUGGUGCUUCCGUUCGCAAGAUUUUUGAUGAUCCCCGACUGAAACUCGGGUGGCGACAUACAGACAAUAUUAAUCACUUUCUUGUAUUUGUUCGCAAGGUCGGACUUCCAGAGUGCUUCAUAUUCAUCGUGACGGAUCUCUACGACAAGAAGAAUAUACCCAAAGUCAUCUACUGUAUUCAUGCACUCAGUCAUUUGCUCGCACGUCGCGGGAUGGCUCAACGAAUCGGAAAUCUCGUCGGGAGACUCCAGUUUACGGACGAUCAACUGCAACAGACCCAACGCGGCCUCAAAGAUGCUGGCGUACCGAUGCCAAACUUUGGAGACAUUGGUCGGGAACUUGCCAAGGAGAUCAAUGAAGAGAUGGAACAAGAGGUAGAGACGGAAGACGAGAGGCGAGACAGAAUGCUUCUCGAGGUUGAGGAUUCCAUCGUCAAACUGCAAACACGUUGUCGCGGCUAUUUAGCCUCUCAAGCGCUGCAAACCCAGAAAGCAAAGCUCAAGAUGGCCGAGAGAUACGUAAUAAAGCUACAAGCGCAGUGCAGAGGCUCGCUUCUCCGACGAAGGGUAGCGGCAACGCGACAGCAACAACGAGCAUCAUCUCGAUGGGUGACCGCACUGCAGGCACGCGCCCGUGGCGCACUCGCUAGGCGGAACAUCUUUGCUCAAGUUCGACGGAUACGUGCUCUGUCAAAGAUCUUCAUUCGAGUUCAAGCACAAGCUCGUGGCGUUCUUGUACGACGACGUACACAGAAACUCAAGGCUGGACUUCGGACAAUGUCGAGGUCGAUCUUGAAACUCCAAAGUGUUGCCCGUGCCCGUAUCGUCAAGAAGCAGCACAAUCAGCUUGCAAAAGUUCUCCACAAUCCUGUGAUCAUAAAGAACGUGGUUGGACUUCAAGCUACGGUGCGCGGAUACCUUGUGCGUAAUCAGCAAGCAGAGUUACUUGGCGCCUUGACCCGUGCCGAGCCGCACGUCGUCAAGCUCCAAGCGCGCAUUCGAGCGGCGUUGGUUCGUCGAAGGCUUCGCACUCAGCUAGCCAAGCUCGACGACGCUCGCGACAUUGUCGUGCACAUCCAAGCAGCCGCACGGGCGUUCAUGGCCCGAAAGCGUCUUCUCAACCUCAUUCGUGGCCUCCGGAGGGCUACGCCAGGUGUCGUCUCUUUGCAGGCGCUGGCUCGUGCCAAGUUGGUGAUGAAUGCACGCAAAGAACUCAACAAAGCCCUCGCGACCAAGCAGGUCAUCGUUGCCGUUGGCAAUCUCCAGACGAUAGCACGCGCUGCUUUGGUUCGAAAGCAACACCAAGAGCAACAAAAGAAGCUCGACUUUGUUGCUCCGGAUGUAGUUGGGUUCCAGGCGAUGGCUCGCGCUGCCCUUGUGAGGAAUGAAUACUGGGCAUGGAGAGAUCAUCUUCACCGCAGCCAGCUUGAAGCUAUCUAUCUUCAGUCCCUGUGCCGAGGCAUUCUUCAGCGGAGGAAGUUCCGGAGCAAGGUCAAACACUAUAGAGACAAUCUGCACAAGGUUAUCAAGAUCCAGUCAUUGUUCCGCGCGAACCAGCAGCGUGAGCAAUACAAGCAGCUCACUCUUGGGAAGAAUGUCAACGUCAGCACUAUCAAGAACUUUGUCCAUCUUCUCGAUGAUUCCGAGACGGACUUCCAAGAGGAGAUAGAGGUGGAAGAGCUGCGAAAGCGGGUUGUCGAGGCCAUUCGUGAAAAUCAGCAACUGGAGACUGAUGUCAGUGAGCUCGAUGUCAAGAUUGGUCUCGUGGUGCAAAAUGUCAAGAGCUUUGAAGAAGUCAUCCGCGCUCGCAAACGCCAUGGAGCCGACAGCGCUGCUGCCCAUGCUGCCAGAGCCUCGCUUCUUGCGGCACACGGUGAUCCAUUCGCGGGUCCGAAUACCCUGGAUCAGACGACGAAGCGGAAGUUGGAGCUUUAUCAACAGCUUUUCUAUCUCCUUCAAACCAGAGGAGAGUACCUAGCUCGUCUAUUCUUCCGAAUGUCUCGCAUGGAGGUGGCAGAAACAACGAGGAGGAUGACCGAGCGUGUUGUCCUCACCCUCUUUGGGUACGGUCAAGAUCGACGCGAGGAUUAUCUUCUCUUGAAGCUAUUCCAACAGUCGAUCCACGAAGAAGUCAUGGCAGCCGACGAUAUUGUCCAGGUUGCGAUGUCACAUCCUAUGUACAUCAAUGUCGCCUUCAGCUACGUCCGACCAAAGCAGGUCACCUACCUACGAGAGACGCUUCAAGGAGUUAUCCGUGUCAUCGUCGAACAAGAUGAUCUCGACCUGGAAACCGACCCCGUGGUGAUUUAUCGCACAAGGAUCAAUAACGAAGAAAUGAGGACUAGGAUGCCGAGCAAUAAACCUCGGAAUGUUGACUAUAUCCGAGCAUUAGAGGACGUUGAAACGCGCAAGGAGUUUAUCCAUCAUCUCCAAAAGCUUCUUGCUGUCACAAAGGAUUUUGUAGCCGCCAUCACCUCCUCUACGAGGAAGGUGCCUUAUAGCAUUCGGUAUUUGGCCCGGGAGACACUCAUAGCGCUCAAAGAAAAGUUCCCGGACAGAGAAGAAAUUGUUUACGCCUCUGCCAUUGGCCGUCUCAUCUAUUACCGAUACAUCAAUCCAGCCCUCGUGGCGCCGGAGUCUUUUGAUAUUGUUCCGGAUAUGAUUAGUCCAGAGGCACGCAAGAAUCUAUCAGAAGUAUCCGCUGUUCUCACUCAAAUUACGAGUGGUGUACCCUUUGGAGAGGAGAAUCCAUCGAUGAUGGCUAUCAACGAGUAUGUUGAGCUGGCUAUCCAGCAAAUGAGCGAGUGGUUCUUGCAAGUGGCCGAUGUGGAUACUGCCGAGGAGCAUUACCAUGCCCACGAGUUCCUCGACGCUACUGUUCAACCGAAACCUAUUUACAUCUCCCCAAACGAAGUCUAUGCAAUGCACAAUAUCUUGCUAAAGAAUUUGGAUGGGCUUGCGCCGCAACGCGAGGACACGCUAAGGGCCAUCUUGACCGAGCUGGAAGGCCCUCCCAUGCUUAGCGAUCAUACUGGUUCAAGCGAUCUUCACGAUGCUAGAGAUCGUGCCAUUACCUUGGAAUUGACGAACCGCUUCGCGGUAGUUAGAGAUGAGCAAGCAGAACUCAAAGCCCUAUGGGUCCGAGCGAAGCGCGGUGUGCUCGCCAUCCUUCGAGUCCAACCAGCAAAGGACUUGGUGGAGUCCUUGAUGCAGCCAGUGACAGAGGAUCACGAACUGCUAUGGGAGGAGAUCAUUGACAAUGAGAUGAACGCAGAGCGCAUGAAGCAGCAUCGGAAUCGUCGAAUGGCCUCGACUACUCAAGCAGAUGCGUCGUACCGCCUGGAGGAUAUCCGAUCACAAUCCUAUCGCGACAUGAAAGCCCACGCCAUCUUCUACCUUCUCGAGCUAGAAAAACAGGGCAAAGUCACCCGUCUCGACGGAUAUCAGGACGUGCUGAAUGCCAUUGCAAGCGAUGUGAGAAGCAAGCACCGCAAACGUCUUCAGAGGCAACAGGAAAAGGCGUCUAUGCGAGAGGCGCUUCAGCAUCUUCGAGAACGGAAGAAGUCUUACGAAGAGCAAAUCCAGAAGUAUCAGGAUUAUGUGGGUACUGCAAUGGCAACUAUGGGAAAGGGCAAAGGACCCAAGAAGCGCUUCGUUAUGCCAUUCUCUAAGCAGUACUUCCACAUUCGCGACCUUCAACGACAAGGGCAGGAUACUGAAGUACCGUCGUACAAGUACAGCGCCCAGCAGUGGUAUCACAAAGGAAUCCUCCUUUCCAUCGACCAGUUUUCUCCUCGCCAAUUCGAUCGGGUUGACAUUAUCCUCAAGUCACCCAAACCAGGACUCUUUACUAUCUCGAUCCACAACUCGAACUCGUUGGUUGCGACCACGGACGUUCGCAUGGAGGAUCUUCUGCAGGCACAAUAUGAGAAUCGCGUAGCCUUGACGUUGUUUAAUGGACUGGCCAAGUUUAACCUCAACUUAUUGUUGUAUCAGAUCAACAAAAAGUUCUAUGUCUAA